AAGCGGAUUUGGAGUGGGCGGCGGGCGCAGAGGGAAGCAGGGUCUGCAGAGGCGGGAAACGGGCAGAAAGGAGCAGAGCCUCCGCCUGUGCGUCUCUGCACGGUUCUCUUCCUCGGAACUGCUGACAGUCAACCAGGGGAAGCCCAGAGGCGCAGGAGUCAAGAAAAAGCAUGAGGAGAAAAUAAUGAAUAAUGAAGCUUUUUUGAUUGGAGAGAAUCAUAUCUCUGCAUUUUUGAAUUUUUUUUUCUCUUUUAAGGAUCUCCUGAAAUAAUUCUUUUAGUGGAGUGACAUGCCGGAUCACUACUGUUUUCUGUUCAACAGAAGUUAUAGGAUUGCAGGAAGGAAAAGCACAAUAUGUUUCUGGGAUGUACAACCUCACAUUUAUAGUUAAGAAGUCAUGAUAAAUCAUACUGUAUAAAAAUUCCAAACUUGGUAAAGGAAAAGUGGCAAUUUUCAAAAGCUUCAAUCUGGAAAUAAGAUUCUUUGGUAUCAUCUCAUCUACUAGGAUGUCAGAAGUUAGUGCUAAUUUGACUUUCAAUAUGAGCACUUCAUUUGAAGAGCCAAGAAAUGGACUCUCAAGAAUGGGACACAACAUUGUUGCUAUUUUUCUUGGACUAAUUCUAGUUUUCGGUUUCUUGAAUAACUUGGUUGUCCUCAUUCUCUUCUGUAAGUUUAAAACCUUGCGCAACCCUGUGAACAUGCUGCUGCUGAAUAUCAGUGCCAGCGACAUGCUAGUCUGCAUCUCUGGGACUACACUCAGCUUCAUAUCAAACAUUUAUGGCAGAUGGAUUGGAGGAGAACACGGCUGCAGGUGGUACGGCUUUGUCAAUUCUUGUUUUGGCAUUGUGUCUCUCAUCUCACUGGCCAUUCUGUCUUAUGAACGUUAUAGCACGCUUACACAAACGAAUAAACGUGGCUCUGACUACCAUAAAGCCCUUCUAGGCGUUGGAGGCUCCUGGCUCUAUUCUCUGAUUUGGACAGUACCGCCUCUCAUUGGCUGGAGCAGCUAUGGGCUUGAGGGGGCAGGCACCAGUUGUUCAGUCCGAUGGACAUCAGAAACACUUGAGUCAGUGACUUAUAUCAUCUGUCUCUUCAUAUUCUGCUUAGCCAUUCCCGUCAUGGUCAUGAUAUACUGCUAUGCUCGCCUCUUUUAUGCUGUCAAACAGGUUGGAAAAAUCCGAAAAACCUCUGCCCGGAAAAGAGAAUUCCACGUACUCUUCAUGAUCAUCACAACCAUCAUCUGUUACCUGAUCUGUUGGAUGCCCUAUGGGGUUAUAGCACUUCUUGCAACUUUUGGUCGUCCUGGCUUGGUGUCGCCUGUAGCCAGUGUCAUUCCUUCUAUCUUGGCAAAGAGCAGUACUGUAUGCAAUCCCAUCAUCUACAUUCUAAUGAACAAGCAGUUCUAUAAAUGCUUUCUCAUGCUUCUGCACUGCCAACCUUCUUCAGUUGCUGAUGGAGAAACCAUAUGCCAGUCAAAGGUCACGGCCAUCCACCAAAACCAGAAGGCACAAGGUGGAGUUACACUAAAAAGCCAAGUAGUCCCACAAAUGGAUGAGAAAGCAAUCUGUCUUCUGAGCCCAGAGUCAAGCCUGGAUCCGGUUUCAGAAAGCACACCCCAACUGUCCAAGGAAAAUUCAUUCCUGUGAAAAAGUACAAGCUAUUGCCUGUACAACUACAUCAAAUAUGUUACAGUUUGUAACUAAUCGG